AUGGCUGAAGUACGUCUGAACGCUAUCCCGAGAAUAGCGGGAACGAAUAUGCGGUCACGUUAUCCAGAAAUAUCAGUGGGUUGUGCAGCGAUGGAUGCACUGAUGGGAGGUGGCUUACCACUUUCCUCACUUUAUAUCGUCGAUGAAAAUAAGAGUCGAGUCUAUGCAACUGUCCUUAGCAAAUAUUUCAGCGCUGAAGGUAUAUAUUGCGAGCACUCAUUAUUUGUUGCUAGCACAAGCCGCAAUCCACAUGAAUUACUGGAAGAUCUGCCGGAUCGAAUAAAUGUUGCGGGUGAUGAUGCUUUAAGGGAUGAUGUAGAGAGGCUCGAAGAUUCAACAAUGAAAAUUGCAUGGCGUUAUUCAACUGUACCGAAAAUGAAUUCAUCACUAUCUUGUUAUCGACAUGGAAUUUCACAGUAUGAUUUAACGAAAAGGAUGGAUCGCAAGAAAAUGGAGGCAUGCAGCAUUUCCUAUUUUCCUGACUACGCCAGACCACAGGACGAUUUAUUUAGUUAUAGUGAUCUUUAUAAACAGAUACGGCAGAAACUUAUAGAAGAUGAAUAUUCGCCUACUUCUUUGAAGUCGAAGAAAAGUGUCCUGCGUAUAAUCAUAGAAGGUGUUGGUGGUCCUUUCUGGCAAGAUCCUGAAAAUGAUAUAAAGUUCGUUGCUCAUUUGCGUACAAUAUUAUGCUCUUACUAUGCUGUCACGAUGUUAAUUAUUAACUCGAAUGGUAUACCGAAUGAGCGAAAGGAAAGACUGUAUGCAUACGGUGAUUUAGUGGUUCACUUGGAUGCUGUAGAAUGUAACAAUACUGUGGAGAAGUUUGGCGAUCGUUUUGAUGGUUAUUUUCGUUUAUUGAAGCUUCCAACCAUGGCAUCCAUGGCAACAUAUUGUCCAGCGAGUAGUGAUCUCAUUUUUCAACUACAGAAACGAAAAUUUGAUAUCAGAAUCUUGCACUUGCCGCCAGUAUCUGGUGAUAAUGAUAAAAAGGGAAAUUUUGGCCCAGACUGUCAGGAAAUUUUAAAAUCUUUUUAA